UCCACCAAGAAAGAUAUGCGCCGAGCGGACCUGAUUGUCCCAUACCAGGCGCCCGCCGGCAAGGGCGAGAGCUCCGAUUUCAGCUCCACGCUGUCCUCCACCCUGCCCAUGGCCGCCAUCUUCACGCGCAACCGGUACAUCGGCUGGGCCUCGAUAGUCUUCAGCGUGCAGAACUGGCUGGGAGAGAGCGAGGAGGCGACCAAGAACAGCACGACGCCCGGUUACUUUACCAUCGGCAUGAGCGUCAUGGCUCUUGCGACUACAUACCUUCCCAUGUUCUUGCCACCACCCCCG